AUGAAGGAGAGAGCCAUCCAGACUCUGGGCUAUCUACCAGUGGGGGACGGAGACUUUGCCCACCAGAAGAAGCUGCUGCAGGGGCUCAUGGACUCUGUGGAGGCUAAACAGGUAGAGCUACAAUUUACAGUGGGUGAGGCCAUCACCAGUGCUGCUAUAGGGACUAGUUCUGGAGCUGCCAGGGACCCGUGGACCUUUACUGAGGAACAAUACAGUCCCCCAGACAAUGUGAAGAGUAAUGACGUGGUUCCGUGGGUGCUAAACUCCAUCCUGGCUAAGUACAUCCCAAGUCAGAACCCCCACGUCAGACAGGCUGCCUGCAUAUGGCUACUCUCCCUGGUCAAGAAGCUACACCAGCACAAAGAGAUCAGGUCUCACCUGAAGGAGAUCCAGACGGCCUUCAUCUCCAUCCUGUCAGACCCUGAUGAGUUGAGUCAGGACGUGGCGUCUAAAGGUCUUGGUCUAGUCUAUGAGAUGGGAGGAGAGGGAGACCAGCAAGAACUGGUGUCUACACUGGUCGAAACACUGAUGACUGGCAAGAGGGUGAAGCAUGCGGUGUCUGAGGACACUGAGGUGUUCCAGGGGGAGGCUCUGGGUAAAGCCCCCGACGGACACGGACUCUCCACCUACAAGGAGCUGUGCUCAUUGGCCAGUGACCUCAACCAACCAGAUCUGGUCUACAAGUUCAUGAACCUAGCCAAUCACCAUGCCAUGUGGAACUCCCGCAAGGUACAACCAGGAACAGCGUUUGGGUUCAACAUCAUAGCGCGAAGGCAGGUGAGCAGCUCGCUUCCCUACCUGCCCCAGCUGGUACCACGCCUAUACCGCUACCAGUUUGACCCCAACCUGGGCAUCAGGACGGCCAUGACCUCCAUCUGGGACGCACUGGUCACUGACAAGAACAUGGUGGAUAAGUAUCUGAAGGAGAUCCUCCAGGAUGUGAUAUCUAACCUGACCAGUAACAUCUGGAGGGCCAGGGAGUCCGCCUGCCUCGCUCUCAACGACCUCAUCCGAGGCCGCAUCGCCGAUGAUCUCAUUGACCACCUGGAGGAGAUCUGGGAAACGCUGUUCAGGGUGCUGGACGACAUCAAGGAGUCUGUCCGGAAGGCUGCCGAUAUAACCCUGAAAACACUGAGUAAGGUGUGUACUAGGAUGUGUGAGUCGUCAGGUUUAGCAGCCCAGAGGACUGUAGCUGUUCUGUUACCAACCCUCCUGGAUAAAGGAAUCGUCAGCAACGUACCUGAGGUCCGCUCUCUCAGUAUCCAGACCCUGGUUAAGGUGUCCAAGACAGCUGGUAAUAGGUUGAAGCCCCACGCCCCUCGUCUGAUCCCAGCCCUCCUAGAGGCCCUCAGUGUCCUGGAGCCACAGGUCCUCAACUACCUCAGCCUCCGAGCCACAGAGCAGGAGAAGAGUGCCAUGGAUGCAGCCAGACUCAGUGCUGCCAAGUCCUCCCCCAUGAUGGAGACCAUCAACAUGUGUCUGCAGCACCUGGACGUGUCUGUUCUGGGGGAGCUGGUCCCCAGACUCUGUGACUUACUGAAGAGCGGAGUGGGCCUGGGCACCAAGGGUGGUUGUGCCAGUGUGAUCGUGUCCCUCACUGUCCAGUGUCCCCAGGACCUCACCCCCUACUCAGGUAAACUGAUGAGUGCCCUACUGAAUGGAAUCCAUGACCGUAGCAGUGUUGUCCAGAAAGCCUUCUCCUUCGCCCUGGGACAUCUAGUCAGGACAGCGAAGGACAGCAGUGUAGAGAAACUCCUACUGAAGCUCAACACCUGGUAUCUAGAGAAAGAAGAGCCGGUGUACAAGUCGUCGUGUGCCCUGACGGUCCACGCUAUCAGCCACUACAGCCCUGAUGUCCUGAAGGGGCAUGCGGUGGUAGCUCUGCCCCUAGCCUUCCUGGGUAUGCACCAGGCACCGGGACCAGACGAGGAGAAGGGAGAGAGCCAUGACGCCACGCUGUGGAACGAGGUCUGGCAGGAACACGUACCAGGAAGCUUCGGGGGCAUCCGCCUCUACAUGACGGAGCUGAUCGACAUUACCCAGAAGGCCUUACAGUCCCAGUCGUGGAAGAUGAAGGCCCAGGGCGCGGCUGCCAUGGCGUCCAUCGCUAAGCAACAGACGGGUUCUCUGGUGGUCCCUCACCUGGGCAUGGUGUUGUCUGCUCUGCUGCAGGGGCUGGCCGGACGCACCUGGACUGGAAAGGAGGAGCUGUUGAACGCCAUCGGCUCUGUGGUGUCAAAGUGCAGUGGUGAGCUCCAGAAGUCGGCCCCGGGCCAGCCCAGUGUACCAGAGGUGAUAGAUGUGGUGUUGAAGGAGUGUCGGAAAGACAACCUGGUCUACAAGAUGGCUGCUCUGGGCUGUGCUGCUGACGUCCUGCAGGCCACACAGGAAGACCGCUUCAGUGAUAUGGCCGGCAUACUCAUACCACUCAUUAAGAAGAACUCUGCAGCUACUUGGAGGCUGAGGCGUGAUAGUGAUGAUGAUACUGAUGAGAAGGAGAAGGAGCUGCAGACUGAAGCUCUACUCUGUGCCUUCCAGACGCUGGGCAAGACCUGGCCCAAAAACACACAAACCCAGGACCCAGGGUAAGAGCGUUUCCAAUUGGACCUGUGCUGUCUGAUGUGUGAGAGGUUGAAGCUCAGUACAUGGAGGGUCCAGGUUGGGGUCCUGCUGUCUAUGAAGGCAUACUUCCAGGGGUUGCUACUGUUGGAGAAAGAGAAAGACAACCAGAACUUCACAGCCCUGUCCCUUAUCCUCACAGAGACAUGCAGCGCUCUCACGUUCCCACUAGAGAAUAAGAGUUACUCCUCUGUGAGGACCGAAGCGCUGUCUGUUGUGGAACUACUGGUGAAGAGGACCGGAGGUAAGCCGUCGUUCAGCUGUCUUUCUACUGUCUUUCUACUGUGCUAAAUUACUACUCCCACAUCUCUAUGAACUCUUCUAAAGGUGUCUUUAACACAAACGUUGUUUGACCUUUUUAAGUAAACGCACCAGUCUGCAGGACUUGAACUUCAUUACCUUUCAUGCCUAGAAUAUAGGAGUACGUUUGAGUCCAUUUUGAAGCUAUGAGUAAAAAUGUCUAGGAGUCAUUUUACUCAAACCUGAGCGAACGUUUGAGAACAAAAUACAUACAUGAGCACUGCUACAUCUUCUGUUUGAAAAUGUUUUCU